AUGGGCAGCACGUAUUCUGCAUUAGCUAAUUUAGAUGAUAAUGAUUUAAUUCUUAAUCAAUCAGAGAACAAUAAUUUAGAUCACCAACCACCAUCAAUACCAUCCCAAUAUUCAAUUCAACGUCCACCUCCUGUACAUAAAAAUUCUAUAAAUUGGUUAAGUGUUGUUAGACCAGAAAUGAUUGUUUCUUGUAGUUCUGACAAUACAAUUGUUUUAAAUAAUAUGGAUACUUGUAAUUGUGUAACUAGAUGGAAAGGACAUCAAAAAGAAAUAAAUAAAGUUUUAUAUAAACAUUCUGGAUCUCAACAUUUUGUUUUGUCAGGCUCUAAAGAUUGUUCUAUUCGCCUUUGGCGUUUUAAUGAAACAGAAUGUGUACAAACAUUUAAUGGUCAUCAAUUUGGAGUUACCGGUCUAGCUGCUUUCGGAGAAGAAAAUUUUAUUUCUGGUGCUCGUGAUGGAAAAUUAUUUAUGUGGAACAUUGAACAUGCUAAUCAACCUAUAUGUUCUUCAAAUAUAUCUAAUAGCCAAAAUAUUAUAACACACAUUGAAGUUGACAACGAAAAUAAAAUUCUAUUCCAAACAGCUGAAGAUGGAGCUAUAAGAUUUUGGGAUAUAAAUAAUCUUUCAUUAAUAGAAACAAUCCCUUCUUCGGGUGGUCACCAACCAAAAUGGCAUUGUAGUAGAUUAGCAAAUUUUGAACCAAAUGCUUUAUUAACAGCGGAAGGAGGGGAUGGAAAUGAAAUUAAGCAUUGGGACAUUCGGCAAAGGAGUUUAAUUCAACGAUUUCGUGGACAUGAAAAGGAUGUUAGAGCAGCAAUAUUUCUUCAAUCUCAACCACAAAUAACAUCAAAACGUUUAAUGCUUAGUGUUAGCAACGAUAGAACAAUUCGUUUAUGGGAUGUUAAUAAUGGAAAAUGUAUUUGGACAGAAAAUAAUAUCACAGCAGAACUAAAUUGUUGUGCAGAUUUUACAAAUGGAAGAGUUGUUGUCUGUGGGAGAGAUGCAACUUUAUGUGAAUUAAGACUUAUGGCAAAAGCAGGCCGCCCUUUUUUGCGUUGCAUUUCUUAUCAAUGCAUUGAAGAUUAA